UGUGGAGGCUAUAUACAGGGUAUUACGGUACAGAGUCAAUGUGGAGGCUAUAUACAGGGUGUUACGGUACAGAGUCAAUGUGGAGGCUAUAUACAGGGUGUUACGGUACAGAGUCAAUGUGGAGGCUAUAUACAGGGUAUUACGGUACAGAAUCAGUGUGCGGUCAUUGAGGUAAUAUGUGCAUGUAGUUAGAGUUAGUGACUGCAUAGAUAAAUUGUGAGUAGCAGCAGUGUAAAAGAGGGAGGGGGACAAUGCAAAUCGUCAGGGUAGCCAUUUGAUUAGAUGUUCAGGAGUCUCGUGGUUUUGUUUGUAAGAGCUUUUGGAAAACUUUUUGGACCUCAAUUUGGUGCUCCGGUACCUCUUGCUGUGCGGUAGCAGAGAGAACAGUCUAAUGACUAGGGUGGCUGGAGUCUGACAAUUUUUAGGACCUUCCUCUGACACUGCCUGGUAUAGAGGUCCUGGAUGGCAGGAAGCUUGGCCCCAGUGAUGUACUGGGCAGUACACAUUACCCUCUAGUGGCUUGAGGUCGGAGGCCAAGCAGUUGAAAAACCAGGCAGUGAAGCAACCAGUAACCAACUUGGUUGCACUUUUCAGUCUCAAUAGGGGGGAGGGUGUUAUGAUCAAAGUACAUUUUGUAUGGAAAUGUAUGUUUCAUUCAAUUGUGGACCAAAACUUGGUUGUCUAAAAUUACAUGUCAUGUUUAGCAACGAAUAAGAGCAUCUCAUCAAAUAAGAUUCUGAACUACUAAUUUCAUUAUAAGGGACCCUUUAUUUCUAGGUUAUAAGAAAGUGUCAUUUUUUAAAAAUGAUUAUUAAAUGUGCAUGUGGCAAAAACAUUUUACUAUGAUAGAUCCAAUGUUUGGCUCAGAUGUGAGAUUGCAUUGGGGCACCGGGCCACACACUUUUUUUUUUUUGGCACGAGCCGUUGUUUGGUCCGUAGACCUACCUACUGUUCUCCCUGCAACAGCAAAAAUGUAGUGUUGCAUUUUGAUGAGCGCCGCCAGUCGUGGAACUCUGCAGCACACACACACACACACGGUGUGCAGCAAACGAUUUGCGGAAGUGAGGUACCCCAUUCUGCAGCAGGUGACUGAGCAGCACAAUGACACGUCAGUAGUCCCCCUCCGUAGCAUGGCCACGUCACGUUCCUCACGCGUCACAAGGUCAUCAGUCGGGCUCAAUGGAUUGGACGAGAACUUCUGUGGCCGAACCCUCAGGAACCGCAGUAUCGCCCAGCCGGAGGAGGUUCAGGGGUCACCGCUCCCCGGCAGCAGGGCUCCCCGCUCCCCCAAGAAGAGACCGGACGCCCAGGCUGGGAGCUCAGAGAAGCCUGGGGGUCACCAGGGAAAGGUAACCCACCACAAGGCCUCCUCAGUGGACAGGGAGACAUGGCCGGGCCCCAGGAAGAGGGGACUGUCCUGCUCAGAGAGAGAGAGUGAUGGGUGUGGGGGUUUGGACCAGGCUGAGAACUGUGAGGGGAGGGGGAAGGAGACGUCGGGGGCUGGUGGGAGAGAUGCUUCUCUGCUACUCAAAAGGGCCAAACGGUGUUCCCGUCACGGGGAGUCGCAGGGCCCCGAGGACGACCCCUCUUCUGCACCCGCCAAACCUGACAUCCCCCCAUCCUCCUGCACCCCCAUCCUCCUGCAUCCCCCAUCCUCCUGCACCCCCCCAUCCUCCUGCAUCCCCCCAUCCUCCUGCAUCCCCCCAGCGACUGUCAAGGAGAACAGGGAAGAGGGUGACCUGCUCAACCUAAUCUGCACCGCACCCUCUUCCUCUUCUCCACAGAACCUCAACAAAGAGGAAGGUGAGGAGGAGGAGGAGGAGGAGGACAGCGGCGGCCAUAUUGAGAGCGACUGCCAUGCUCAGCAGCCCCUGAACUCCACUUCCCAUAAUCCCCCUGUUCCGCCCCAGAACUCAAACUCCCAUAAAUCCUCUACUGGGCUGGGACAGACCAGCAGUAGCUUUGACGCUCAGACAAUCCCCCCGGGUGCCAGCACUGCCGUUAACACCAGCUGCCACGGUCCCAGUCCCACACUGCUGAACGGCGGCCAGAUGGGGGCAUCCUGCCCCUCGCCCCCAGACCCCAUAGUGCCUUGUAGAAACUGUGAUCCUGUGCAGGAGGAGGAGGAGGAGGAGGUUAGGGACUCUGAGGAGUAUUCUGCUCCUCCUCUGGCCUCCUUUGAAGAGGACUCCUCCACCCCACACCUGUCAGUCAGGGAGGAGGAAGUGGAGUUGGAUGUAGUGGGGGACUCGGUGUGUCAGGAGGAGGAAGUGACAGCGACCGAGGAGGAGGAGGAAGAGGAGGAGGAGGAGAGUACCAACGGGAGAAGUAAUGGUUGGCCACUGGUGCAGGAUGCUGUUGCCACCAGUAUCAUCAAUGUAAACCACAACAUCCCCAACAACAACAUCAACAACUCAGGAGAAUCCACCAUGCCUUUGCUAGCCCCCCAGACCCCUUCAGAGACCCCUUCUGUCUCCGGCACUUCGCCCCCGUCUUUCAC